AUGACUCUUAUAAUCAAAAUGGCGGUUAAGUGGAAUUUUCGCUGUGCAUGCUGGGGGUUCAUCUCGUCGCUCCUAGCUUCGGUCCUUCUCACCUAUUGCUUUUCUCCUCAGGAUUACAUCCAGCGGCUGGCAGACGGUGUUGCGGCAGUGCUGCUGGGCAUCUCAUCCCUGAUUGCCUUCCACAUCUCGACUCUACGAUGCUCUGAGAGUCACACCCUGACAACCCUACUCCUGUCCUACAAGUGGCACCAGGGUGAACGACUAGCCACGCCCUCCAUCUUGGCAAAGAUCAAUCACAUGUGGAAACAUCCGCGAGAAGCCCAGGAAGAUCUGAUCCGGGAGCUGACCAGUCGACAUGCCAAGACGGAGAACGGGCGCAAGAACCGUCUUGGGGAGAUCCAAUCAGUGGAAGACCUCCGCAAGAAGCAUCCGCUCACCACGUACGAUCACUACAGGGAUUACAUCCAGCGGCUGGCAGACGGAGAAGAAGGCGUCUUUCUUGACGAGGAGCCCGUGCGAUUCGGCGUCACAUCGGGAACAACCGGAGCCGGGAAGAAAAUACCACUGGUUUCUUUUUGGCUGGAGGGAGAUGCACUCUGCAAGCAGAUCAGGCGCUUGGCUGUGUACCAGGGUGCUCAUCGGCCAAGCCCUGUACAGAAACGCCGUUUCUUCUACAUCCAUCCCAAAAUCUCUCUCACCAAAACUGGCCGUGUCAUUUCUCCGUACAUGUUCAUCAAACAGGAGGACACUAAGCGUUUAUCGGAGCUCAGCUCUCCUCCACCGGCCUUCACUAUCACCAAUGAGCCUUCUGCCGUCUACAUUCACAUGCUGUUCGCGAUUGCCGACACCAAUCUCGCUCUCUUGUCUACCAUGUUCACUCCCCAAAUGUACCGAGCUCUGAAGUGUCUGGAGACCAACUGGCAAGCCAUGUUGGAGGAUCUAUCUACCGGGCAGAUCAAUGCUAAGAUCCCUCUAGACCCCGAUAUACGCCGGUCACUCCAACGCUAUCUCAGACUGGACAAGGCCCGAGUAUUCCAGUUGAGAAGGGAAUUCGAGAAAGGCUUCCAUGGCAUUUUGAAGAGAAUCUGGCCUCAUCUGGUCGCCAUUGAGGGAAUCGACAUCAUGGGUUUCAAGAAGAAACUAGAAGAAAAAUUUAGUUAUGGUGUUCCUUGCUUCAGUUGGGGAUACGGCAACACAGAGGUAGGCCACCUCGCGAUCAACAUGUGGCUUCAUGAAAAAGAGCUUCGAUACGCUCCCUGCUCCCACAUGGCUGUCUUGGAGUUCAUCCCGGAGCAAAACAGUUCGGAUGAAGACCCAAAGACUCUUCUCAUUGACGAGGUUGAGGUCGGUGGCAGAUAUGAACUGGUGUUGACCAUGCGCUCCGGGCUAUACCGUUAUCGGAAUGGAGAUGUCAUCCAGAUUGUGGGAUUCCACGAGAACUGCCCUGUCAUGCGCAUGCUCUACAGGUCAGGAGAAUAUCUAAAUUUGGUCUACGAGAAAGUGAACACCCAAGUUGUGGACGCUGCCAUAAAGAACACCAUUCAAGGCUGGCCAGGAAUUCAAUUAGUGGAUUGGACGUGCGCAGAGAGCCCAGUUUACGAUCCUGAAAGUUCAGAGCUAUACUACAUCGUAUUUCUUGAGGUCGAUCCUGACAAGAGGGAGCUGAAUGAAGUCACAGAAGAGCAAAGGUCAAAGUUUGAUGAACAUCUUCAGCAAGAACACGUCUACUACAGCGGCCUGCGGGGAUCCAACACCAUAUCCCCGGCCCAGCUGAAAUUCGUGAGGACAAGUACCUUUCUGGAGCUAAGGGACUUUAGGGUUGCCAUGACAACGACUUCUGUCAUGCAGUACAAGACGCCCCGUAAGCUGAGGACGCAGGAGCACGUGAAUUGGAUGAUGGAGCGAGUGAUUGAGAUUAAAUAAAGAGGUAUAAUCGUGAAAGCUUAAAAAGCUAGUUAGGCAUGCAUGUAAAUCUCGAGCACUCGGGAAAAAGAUAUUCUGAUUAAUUAGCCAGAUGUGUAUGUAUUGUCUGGUCGCACAAAAUCUGCCCAAAUGCCUCCUACACGGACUACAAUAAAUCAGAACAAAAAAAACCCACUUUUAAAGGCAAGAACCGUCGACCCAAACCGAUACUCGAGUGACAGAACUAAUCUAAUUUCGAAACA